UAGUUUCAUCAUUCUCACUUCUUCGAAACACUUUUUAUUUCAGUUUCUUGUUCUUGUAAACAUGGCAACUCCUAGUGCUGCAACCAUAUCCCUGAUGGUUCUUCUAUUGGUAGCUCCCGCCGUUUUUGCUGCCAACUAUCCAAUCUCUUGGACCCAAGGCACCAAUUAUGACAAUUGGGAUUCAGAUAAAGAUUUAGUUGCCGGUGACACCAUAACUUUCGAAUACGGGCCAUCGCAUACAGUAAACGUGGUAGACAAGGAUGCCUAUGAUAACUGUGGGUCAGCUGCCAUAAGUAAACACAGUGGUGGAAGUAGCAAAAUCACUUUAGAAGCUGGAACCAUGUAUUUCAUUUGCCCAGAAGGCAAUCAUUGUGCUGAUGGAAUGAAAUUAUCGGUCCAAGUCGGCGAUGCAGAUACCCCAUCACCUCCAGAUACUCCUACCACUCCUACAACACCCGCUACUCCUGCCACUCCUGCAACACCUCCCACUCCUACCAGUCCUGCAACACCCACUGAUCCCUCAACGCCAACUACUCCCUCAAAACCUAGCCCACCUGCAGGCGGAACUGGUGCAGCAACUAGCAGUGUUAAUAUGAAUUUUAUUGUGAUCGGAGGUUCAAUUUUGUUGGCUUCUUUGUUUGCAUUUUUGGGCUAGGAAAGAGGCAGUGCCUAUGGAUUACAGUUACGUUUGGUUUGUGGAUCCUUAUUAUGUAUGUAAACUGUGCUCAUUUGUGAUUUAUUUAGUAGCUAUGUAUGUACUCUGUGGAGAAUUUGAUUGUUGAA